GUUGCCAGAUUUUUGUCAGCAGAUAUCAGACACACUAGUUGGAAGCAUUAUCAACAAUGAGUGGGAAAAAAUCCUCAGCUGCCAAGAGCACUAAAGGAUCACUUAAGAAAAAAAUCCCCCUCUCAUCAUCUAAAGCAACAAGCAAGAAACCUGUGGCAGCUGUUAAACCAACGGUUAGAGCCAAACCAAAAUCAACAUGUCCUGCAGAGAGGACGGCAAACAGACACAGAAGGCGAGAUGACUCGAGUGAUUCAGGUAGCUCAUGUUCAAGCAGUGACAGCUCAUACUCUGGGAGCAGUGACAGCUACUCUUCAGAUUCCUCAGAGUCCUGGUGUAGCACCUGCUCUUCUUGCUGUGACUGCUCCCACUGUAUGACGCCAACUGACUCCUCCUCUAGCUCAGGCUCCUCUUCCUGCUGCUCCAGUUCAGGCUCUUCCUGCUGCUCCAGUUCAGGCUCUUCCUGCUGCUCCUGUUCAGGCUCCUCUGCCAGACACAGGCCUCGUACAAAAAAACCCACCAAGAAACCAGUCUCUGCAAAGAGUGAUUGUAAGAAAUGUCCGGGUGUGAAGAAAACAAAAGCAUCAAGCAAGAGAAAGUUGUCCAGAUCCAAAGUCAGGAAAAUCACAAAAACAGGAAAAUGUAGAGAUGGCACCUGCCCACUGGUCAGAAAAAGUGCUACCAAGAAGACUUGUCGAUCCACAGGGGCUUGUAGAAGUAGAAGAAGCUCCUAAAAAUAUCAUAAGCUGUUUUCAUUCAUGAAGAUUAGAUUGAUGGUUACAAAAUCAUUACUACAUGUUGAUUCUCUAAUACAUUUAAAUGAUGAUUUCAACACAAUUAUUUUCAUCUACAAUUUGAAAUGGAUUUUUAAAAAGCUUAAAUUUUUAAUAAUGUUACAUGACUUGGCGCUAUAUGAAGGGUUAUCUCAGUUGUAAGAUAUAAUUCACAUUAUUUAAACCCAAUUUUAUUAUGCGGCAAAGUCAAAGUUUCAAAAUAGUAGGUUUCUACUAACAUUUAUUUGAUUUUUGUUUGUGUAUUCAAUGAAAAAUGUUUAUGUAAAACUUUAUCUACAUAUAUUUCCUUUUGUUAAAUACAAGUUGUAUUUGAAUGACUUAUGUGUACUGUAUGCAUGAACAGUUUGGAGUUUCUCUUGCUGAAAAAAUGUUCUAUAUUAACAAAUGUAUACACAUGAAAAACACAAGAAAUUGUUUUCAUAUAAGAUUUUUAUUUAUUUACAAAAAUUGCAUUUUUCUGCUUUCUUCUUUUGAGUUAAUUGAUGCAUCUAUUAACAGAAUUUUCAGUAUUAAAGCAAAUCUAAAAAUAGUUGUACGUACUUUUCAUAUUUAUUUAUAACACUUGUAUUACUGCAUAUUAAAGAACUUUGGAAAAGCACUAAGCUU